AUGACAAUGCGGUUAAAGAAAUGCGUUCUCGUCAUUGCUCUCCUGUACAUCGUUUCGGAAUGUGUAGCAACGGGAAAUUCGCAAGGAGAGAAUAGAAGAUCUGAACCGAUUCCAGAUUUGAACGAGCCUGCUGCCGAAGAGAUGGAAGAGAGUAGAAUUGAAGUUCAAGAUCCUAUGCAUGAACCAAUUGGUUCGAAGCAGAGUCUCCAUUCUGAUGAAGAAUGGAUAGAGAUUUGGCGGAAGAAUCAUAAGAAAGAAUUAAAAAAACAACAAAGGAUAAGAUACAAUACAAAAUUGAAUAACGAUCCUGCUCGUAAAGCAGCAUUGAGAGCGAGUCGUCAAGAGAAAGAAAAGGGAUGGCGUUUGCAGCGAAAAGAACGCAUUAAAGCUCUUCCUGCAGAAGAAAGAAAAGCCUCUCUUGACCGAACAAGGUUGAUGAACAAUGAAUCUGCACGAAAACGUAGAACUGCCCAUUAUUAUGGUGGAUUCAGUACACGUAAGGAACAAGAAAGAAACAGGCUCAGGGAAUUGGAGCGAUCAGGUAAAGCAACUUCGAGUCAAUUAGAAAAGUUGAAAUCGUUGAGACAUGAGGAACGCCUAAAAUAUCACAAGAAAGCGCAAAGGAAGAAAGAAUUGAAGAAUGCUAAGGCCGAGGAUGAUGGCACUGUGGACAAAAGGAAGAAUAGGAAUGGCUAG